AUCCAUGCCGCCGGCGAGAAUCGGACGUCUGUCGUGGACAGGAGGUCCAAUUUACUUCAGAUCAAUAGUGACUCUGGAAGAACAAUGGAGAGCAUUAAUACCCUGACAAGCAUCUCGAGAUGCUGGGUGAAGUUCCGGAAAUUGCAGGCGCAGGAGCUAGACAGUGAGAAAGGUCAGGAUAUCCUGGCAGCAAUCGGCGAAGGGCAUCCUUUUCCAGAACCUCGACACGACAGAAGACACCAGCGCCGGGAGGGAUGGCACCUGAGAGCGAGGCUGAGGUGUUGAACAAGGUGAUAGGGAAGGAUGGGACACAGAGCGGUGGUCUCGGCUAUCAGGAAGCUUCGAAUUGACUCACUGCCAUAG